ACAUCUUUCCCUAUGACUGGGAACCCGGUGGCCGUGUCUCCACCAUAACACGAUCAGAAGAGCAGAUCGUGCCGCCGUACAAGCAAUAAUCGACAUUACCGAGGAAAGCCGAGUGAGGGAUACCUCGAUUUCAGCCAAGCCAACUAGCCACUCGUAUUGCCGACUUGCCGUAUUGCAGGUGCCAAUUCCACUACUUACUCUACUUGUUGCUUUGUUCAUUUUAUACCUUACCCAUUCAUCACUUGACCUCUGAUCCUCUGAGCAGCUUGGGCAGACUACGCACACUCACACCUCCUUCACCUAAACCACUUGGGCCAAACCUCGCUCGUUUGGGUCUUUGCGUACUCAUCGGCUUUGAGACGGGUCAAGGGGUGAUUCGAUCCAAGUUGUCAACGGUAUCACGAGGUCCGUCUUACCCAUCAACCCUUCUUUCUCACAGACGUCAUUUUUUCACUGGUUUCUUCCAUUCAUUCACCUUCCUCUAGCCUCUGGCUUCUUCUAUCCACUCUACUCUUCUACCUCUUGUCGUCUCUCCCAAUCAGCCCAUACAAGUACCACCAUCAACCAUGGGCAAUACUUCUUCGCACUCUAGCCCAGGACAAUCCGGUCCUACUUCUCCAACCACCCAACCUCCUUCCACCGCACCAUCAACCUCUCAACCCGUACCCACCACUUCUCAACAUCUACCUAAUCCAUCAGCCGCUUUCCCACAUGCUUUCCAUUCCGGUCUUACACCUCCAGCUAGAACACCUUCACCACCCCCACCAUCAACACCGCUGCUCAUGCCUCAUGCAGGGCAUUUGACACCUCAGAACCCACAUGCUUUGUCCCUUCCUCAGAUACAUGAUUACUCGAAGAAUGUGGUGACCCGUCUUAUACUUGAUGAGAAACUCGCUCCGUUUUAUCGAGGUCUUGAAGACUGGGAAGAAGAUUGGGGCGAAGAUGAUGUGGAAAGGAUAUUGGAAGAAGUCAAGGAGAAGGAUUAUGAAGAAGGUGUGGGUAACAGCGUCACUGAGAGGCUUAAAGAGGAAAGGGAAGGUGCACAGGGAACAAUGGGUAAGAGCAUCAACGUGUACAGGGGGAAAGCAUCGGAAGCCAAGUUGCAAGAAGAUAAAGAGGAAAGAGAGAGGAGGGAGAAGAAGGCUUAUCUGGACGCUAUAGAAUGUCCCAUAUGUUUUCUAAAUUACCCACCCAACAUCAACACUUCUCGUUGCUGCCAACAACCCAUCUGCACCGAAUGUUUCGUCCAGAUCAAAAGAUCCGAACCCACCAUUACUCAUCUGGAGUCUGAACCUGCCUGCUGCCCAUUUUGCGUCGAAACGGACUUUGGAGUAAUCUACGAACGACCUUCACCGCUCGGACCAGCCACUCCGUCGUCAGGAUCCGCCCUCGCCACCUCACCCGAAGCACCAACAUCGGACCUGGCAAAAGCGAUGGAUAUGAAGUCGGAAGUUGGGGAAUUGAAUUUAGGUAUCGGGAUGCCCCCGAAAGUACAAGAGACUAUGAGGAGGAAGAGUGUAAGCUCAAAGUCGAAAGAGGUAGUGACGAUUGAUGAAAUACGACCCGACUGGGAGCGCAAACUGAAUGCCGUGAAAGCUGCUGCGGCCAGACGAGCUAGCAGGAGGAUCAUCAUGCGUCAAGUGGGAGAUCGUCUGAUCCCAAUUGGAUACACGAGUUCAAGAGCACCCGGGACGGCUGAUUUCAGCAUGUCAAUCCCACCGGCUGAGGGUGAAGGUACUUCGAGAAGAUCCAGGAGACGGGAUGGGAAUCGUGAUACUCAGCUAGAAGAGCUUAUGAUUAUGGAAGCUAUGCGUCUCUCCCUUCUCGACCACGAAGAGCAUCAACGUCGUCUCGUCGACCAGCAACGUCCACCGUCCACCGUCAAACCCACUCAAAACAUUAGCGGCACAUCCACUCCCACUCAAAAUCCUGGAGAAUCUUCCCGUCGAGUCAUUUCGACUUCGCACAACCCAACCAAGUCAGGUGCCUCAAAGAUAUUUUCUAAAUUCAGUGGAAACCGUUCUCGAGCAAAUUCAUCAGUGUCAUUCGCUCCCAUGCCUGCCAGACCCACUUCUAUCUCCCCUGCCAAUUCCACCAAUACCAACAUUAACAAUCCCGAUUCUAACUCUCAAACUCCCAGUCCAGUCGUUCAGCCACGUACUCCACCCACCAGUCUUCCAUCCCCUUCUCAGCCCGUGGCACCAGUGACGACAUUGGCGAAUCAUGAUUCUCCUCCAGCUCCAAUGUCGACACAUGGUCUGCCAAGAUUAUCAAUGGACAUGCCUGCUUUGGUUCCUGAUUCGACUGCGAGACCAGUCAUACCGGUUCAUAACGAAGCGCAGGCGGUAGAUAUCAACAACAGCGAAGGGAAUGCGAGAGCUGGUGUUAGUACGGAAGAUGACAGGGAUGACGGAGAGGAUGACGAGUACGACGAAAGUGUGGUGGAAAGUGUACCCGAACGACUAACUUGUGCAAGGUUGGACAGUGGGGAAGAAUGAAGAUUUUACACCUUGUUGGGGGUUGUGCAAUAGGACUACAGGUCAUUGGGCUUGUUGGGAUUUCAUGUAAAGAAGAUUGUCACAAUGUACGAAUGAUUUUUUAAGAGAGAUGGUCCAAGGUGUAAAGCAGGGUCUAUGAAGUGACAAGAGAAGGAAGAUGAAGUAAAUGAAUUAUUGUUGUUGACGUUGGAGAAGUUUACAAGUUUCUACCAGUAGAUCCACUCUCACGUUUGUUCAAGACAUGCAUGCUUGUUCUACUCA